AGCUAAAUCCUUCAUGAUAUGAGAAAUAAAGUAGAGAUGUAGCCCAGUGUAGGUUCUAAAAGUCUGUUUUUUAAUUGUGGAAUUAUAUAUUUCACAAUUCAGGCAAUUACUGACUGAUAUAAUUUUAGCAACUGUAGACCGUGACAGGAGAGCUGCUAUCUACGAGUAAUAUUGGCAAAACAAGUACUUCAUAUUAGCCAAAAAAAAUGAUAAAAACAGGCUCAACUGUACCUCAAUCAGUCGAAAAAAUGGUCACAACGGAAGCCCUUAAAUAACGAGGAGUUGAAGACAUACACUUGUCUCCGGAUGGUUGCAGGUCACAGGUUCCUGUACCUUGGUACCUGAUUUUCCUGGAUAUUUUAUAUCAGUUUAUCUGUAAUGACUUCAUUUAAGUCGUAUCAUUAAAACAUUAAUUACUUGAUAUAGUGGUCUUCUUCCAUACUGUAUAUUAUUCACUUCGAUCAGUUUUAAUGUACAUUAUGAUCCCUAUGCUUCAGUUAGUUAAACAAUAAUUAGUGAACUGCAGUCAUAUUAAAUAAUCUAAUAAAAUGUUAAUUUCAUGUUUAUGUCAACAUUUAGUUUAUCAAAGGUAUUACAUAUGUAAUAACGUUGUGUUUCGCACAUUACGAAUAUCGAUUACUAUUGAUCCCUCUCAUUUGAGGUGUGUCCCUCAGCCGCCAUGUUCUCCCGUGACGUCAGCAAACGGGAAGUGAGCUCGUUGUUCUGCGCUGCCUGGCUGCGGAGCGGGACGCUCGCCGACCAAAACAACAACUCUUUCUCCUCUUCUUCCUCCUCUUCCUCCUGGUGGACCAUGGAAGGGUGUCAGCGUUUACCUCUUCUCUCAGCUGCUCUGCGAACAUGAGCACCGUCAAUUUGUCCACAGUGGAUGGCACGGGUAGAUUGUGUGUUCCUGAGCGUGCGCAGAGCAUCCCAUCUCGGGUCCUCCAUCUGCGUCAGCUUCCUGUCGACAUCUCUGAACAGGAAGUGCUUGCUCUGGCCCAUCCUUUUGGCCGAGUUACUAAACUGAUCACAUUGAAGACCAAAAAUCAGGCUUUUUUGGAGAUGGCUUCCGAGGAAGCAGCGGUUACCAUGGUGAACUACUACACUUCGGCCACGCCUACUGUCAGGAAUCAGCCAAUCUACAUACAGUACUCCAACCACCGUGAGCUCAAGACUGACAAUCUGGCUAAUCAAAGGGCUCAGGCAGCACUGCAGGCCAUCAGUGCUGCUGCAAUGCAUACUGGGAGCAUGGCGUCAGGUGGAGAGGGACGCAGCUUAGUCCCCGGUCAGGGUCCUGUGCUGAGGAUCAUUGUGGAGAAUUUAUUCUACCCGGUGACACUGGAGGUGCUGCAGCAGAUUUUUAGUAAAUAUGGCACCGUCCUGAAGAUCAUCACCUUCACCAGAAACAACCAGUUCCAGGCUCUGCUGCAGUACAGCGAAGCCGUGCACGCUCAGCACGCCAAGGCGUCGCUGGACGGUCAGAACAUCUACAACAGCUGCUGCACACUACGGAUCGACUUCUCCAAACUGACCAUGCUCAACGUCAAAUACAACAACGACAAGAGUCGUGACUUCACCAGAGGCGACCUUCCCACCGGAGAACUGGAACCCACCGCCGCCUUUGGUGUCGCUCUUCCUCCUUAUGGACCUGCAGCGUUCCCACCAACCUUUCACCAGCACACAGGUCUCUCGAUGACGGCAGUCCCCGGCUCGUUGGUUUCCCCUCCGCGCAUGUCCCUCCAGAUGGCGCCACCUGCUGUGCACUCGGUGCUGCUGGUGUCCAACUUGAACCCAGAGAGCGUCACUCCACACUGCCUCUUCAUCCUGUUUGGUGUCUACGGAGACGUUCAGAGAGUGAAGAUCCUCUUCAACAAGAAGGAAAACGCUCUGGUUCAGAUGACUGACGCCACGCAGGCUCAGCUAGCCAUGAGUCACCUGAAUGGCCAGCGUCUCUACGGCAACGUGAUCCGAGUGACGCUGUCCAAACACCCGGUGGUGCAGCUGCCUCGUGUCAGUGCUGGACAGGAAGAGCAGUCGCUGACCCGGGACUUCUCAGGCUCCGCCCUACACCGCUUCAAAAAACCUGGAUCCAAAAACUUUAACAACAUUUUCCCGCCAUCGGCGACGCUGCAUCUCUCCAACAUCCCCUCCUCUGUGAGUGAGGAUGCACUGAAGGAUCUGUUUUCCUCCAGUGGAUUCAACGUCAAAGCCUUCAAGUUUUUCCAGAAAGACAGGAAGAUGGCGCUGAUGCAGCUAGCAUCAGUAGAGGAGGCCAUCGAGGCGCUGAUCACUCUGCACGACCACUUGCUGGACCACAACCAACACCUGCGCGUGUCCUUCUCCAAGUCUACCAUUUGACCUUUGACACCAACUCUCAUUAGCUGUUAGCCUUUUGAUACCAUGUUAGUUAGCAGUUAGCCUGUAGCUACCUACGGGGUGAGUUGCUGGCCACCGGACGAUUUGUUGUUGGGAACGGUGCUAAACUACGUGCAAGUUUUGAGCCGAUGUCUUUGGUGUUUAUCUGCAAACAGAUGACCCCCUGUAGCUACUAGCAUAAAUGCUAACUAGUAUGCAAACUAAAGGUUAAAGGCAACAGCAGUGCUGAACUUCUCUGUGACCGUGUGAUGUCACAUCUGCGACAUCCAACCUUGUUCUCUGACCUUUGGAGCUGAUAGGCUGUCAGAUUUACGAGCACCCUGAUUGGCCCGUAGUCAGAACACAUGGACAAGCGGCUAAGUUUCCGACACGCCUAAUGAUGUGCCUAUAAAACACUAUGACAUCACGCUGACUGCUGAUGUUACCUGAUUGGUGGUCAUAAUGGUUACAGAGCACAUUCCUGCGCAAACUGAGCAGCAAUGCAUUGUGGGUAGUGGUGUUGAUGUGGUGCAGGAAAAAAAAAUCAGGAAGUUUUUUUUGUUUGUUUGUUUUUAAAUGGUUGAAGAGACAACUUCAAAGUUAAAGUCCCCCCCAAAAAAAGUUUGAUUUGUUCAUUUAUGUUGGUUAAAAAUGUUGUAGAAAAGAAAGUUAUUUAUUUAGCUUCAUUUUCACUGUUGAUUUCUUCUUUUUUUCAUUGAAAAUCGUUAACGGUUUCAUUUUUCUCCGUCGCCUUCAGCAUCGCUCGCUCCACGUGUGAAGACGAUUGUUUUGUUGUUUGCUGCGACCUCAGAACUUCUUCUGUGCCUUAUUUCUCUGGACUAUUCUGCUGGGUUUACCUUUAGCUUAGAGUGUUGACUACACCUAGACUUAGUUUUUUGUUUCCUAGAAUUUAGUUACUUUUUUUUUUUUUUUAAUUGUUAGAAACCAUAUUUGUGGGGUUUUUUAAUCAUGAAUGUUUGUAAAGGUAACGCUUUGAUGUACCGCCCACCAGUCUUACCUGGCUGUGUGUUUAUAUAUAAAUAUAUACAUACAUAUAUAUAUACAGUAUAUUAAUGUGUGUGUGUGUGUGUGUGUAUACAGUGUAAUGUGUGAGUAUGUCAUCCUGAGCUGUGAUUGGUCGAUUCUAAAAUAUUCUGCCCUUAUUUUGUUUUUGUUUUUUUUUCUAUUAAAAACUUAAGUUAACUCAAAA